CCACUGUUAUGUAAUGUUUUUAGUGCUGCCCACAGAAAGCCAAGCCUAUGGUUCUCUUCAUCUUCGUCUCACUCUUCAUGCACGCGUCAUGCGUCUCCAUCAUGCCGAACUGCUCUCGCCCGGAUAGCCUCGCCCUACUGGAGGCUCUCAGGCCCGUCUUCAGCCUCAGCUCCAUUCGACCCGUCGUGAACAUUUCAACUGCCACGCUUGUCAGUGUUGACUUUAUCCUGAUUGGCAUUCUCGGGGUGGAUGAAAAGGCUCAGAUAGUGACGACAUUUAUCAUCCAAAUGUUGAGGUGGAGAAAUGAGUUUAUUAGCUGGGACCCAAACAAGUGCGGUGCCCAAUGGAUUACAGUCCCAAGAAAAGUGCUGUGGGUCCCCGAUAUGGUCAUCAAUGAGUUCAUGGAGAGGAACUCAGCUCCGUUCACGCCAUACACAUAUGUGUAUCACGACGGCUUUGUGAUCGAUCUACAGCCUCUCCGAGUGGUGAGCUCCUGCAGGCUUGACAUAUACACUUUUCCAUUUGACAUCCAGAACUGCACUUUAACCUUCAACGCCUACCUGCAUCGUUUGUCUUCUAUACAGAUUGGCCGCAUAAUGUCAACAGAGCAAAUAUUAAAAUAUUCCCAAACAUUGAUGACAACUAUGGGUGAAUGGGAGCUCAUUGGAAUCAAAGCAUUACAACGGAAGAUAUCGUCUUCGGAUGGCGACGUUUACGAAGAACUUCGCUUCUUCAUUUCAAUGCGACGCCGAUCCAUGCUGUACGUGGUGAACCUGCUGAUCCCCUGCUGCUUCCUCAUCACAGUGGACCUCUUCAGUUUCCUGCUGCCUCCUCAGAAGGUGGACCGCUCCUUGUUCAAGAUGACCCUCAUUUUGGGCUACACCGUCUUCCUGCUCCUCAUGAACGACCUGCUGCCCAUCACUGGAAACACCAUACCCCUCAUAAAUGUGUUCCUGUCCCUCUGCCUCGCUCUGAUGGUGGUGAGUCUUCUGGAGACCAUUCUCAUCACCAACCUACUGCACAAUUCUGCUCACUACUCAGAGGUUCCUCGCUGGAUCCAAAUUUUUGUCAUCCAGUUAAUGGGCCACCUGGUUCUGCUUCCUCCAAAGCCCACACAAGUGGAGCAGAUCAUCCGAAAUCCUGGCACACUUGGUAAGACCACGAUGUGUGCAUUUGAAACCCGAUCACACAAGAGGAAAGGGCCACUGGGCCAGGACAAGGCUGUGGAAGAGUUAAGGAGCCUGGGAAGAGACCUCCGAGUCAUCCGGCUGAAAGUGGAACAGGAGCUGGACGUCAGCCAGAGCGCAGAAGAGUGGAUCCAAGUUGGUUUUAUCAUAGACCGCCUGCUGUUUGGCAUCUACACCCUCUUCAUAUCUGUCAGCUUCAUUAGCAUCAUUGUCAUGUGGGUCAACUCAUACAACGCAUCACGAUUUCACUUAUAAACUGGCAUGCUGUGCAUUAAUGACGUGUU